UCUAUGUAUGUCGCUCUUCUCUUUAUAGGAAUACAAAAUGCCGUAUCAGUGCAACCAGUUGUGGCUAUUGAGAGAACAGUUUUUUAUAGAGAAAGAGCAGCUGGAAUGUAUUCUGCAUUGCCAUAUGCCUUUGGACAGGAACUGGAGCUCCAAUCAUAGACCUAUUUAGUGCUAUUGGUGCCAUUGUUGACUGGAUGCCUUACAUACGGGCCAACAAUAAGCAUCAAAAAGGUCCGAUCGACUUCUAAUAAGAUUCCACUCUACAAGAUUUGGCACCAUGCUCUCUCAGUCCAAACUGUCCUCUUCGUUGCUUACAAUUAUCCAAUAUAAAAAUCAUAUUAAUGUACUGUGGAAAGUCUCAAUCUUGAAUUAUUAUUAUAUAAAUUGUGAAGAAAAAAGGGAAAUUAUUGAUAGUCAACCAUUAUAGAAAUAAAUAAGUCUUGGUGCUUAGAAUAUCCCCCAAUCAUAUAGGAACAAGACAAAACAUUUCAACUUACCAUCUAAAAUACUUAUCAUACAAAAGGAAUUAGAGCAGGAGCUUUUUCCUUUUGAAAAGUACAAAUUAAAUGAAACAGGGAUUCUAUAUUGGCUUCAUGUCAACUACCUGAUAAUUUAUUGUCAGUCUCAGAGUAUAUGAAGUUUAAAAAAAAAAAAGAAAGAAAGAAAGAAAGAAAGAAAGAGAGAGAAAUGGUGCACCGUCUCCUUAAAAUAAAUUGAGAAAAACAUAUACAAUUUAACACAAUUUUUACUUAACAAACGAAAAUUUCCUUAGAAAGCUUUAAUUUCUACAAUAAUCACUGAUAUACAUUAAUAUAAGAAUAGAAAAUUUUUUUAUGCUCUCCUAUUUAGUUCAGAGAAAUAUUAUUCAUAUCAGAACUAGAAAAAUACUCAUACAUAAAUAAAAUAUUCCUGUUGUGCAGUCUCAUUUUUUUGGUCAUCGAAGUAUCAAAAAUUUCAGUCACAGUUUUUUUUUUUUUUUUCUUUUUUUUUCAUUGUGAAGUUAUUUGUGCUUUGCUAUAUAUAGACCCCUUAUUUUUAGGAACUGUGUAAGAGAAACAUAUUGCUGUUGUUUCCCUUUCCAAUCCAUCCAGGCAGCUUUUUCUUCAAACCCAUAUAAAAUCCAUGAAUUUGAUAUUUCUUGUUUGGUUAUCAUAUUGAAAUUUGAACAACAAAACGUUGUUGAAAGCUGGUGAAAAUGGAGAGUGGCGAUAUAACCAGAGUGAGUAGUGCACGUUUAAGCAGUGCUAAAGUGAGUAGUGCACGUUUAAGCAGUUCUAAUAUAUGGAGGAACACUACCUUGGAUGUUUUCUCCAAGUCUUCAUGUAAUGAUGAUGAUGAAGAAGCUCUCAAAUGGGCUGCUUUAGAGAAACUGCCUACUCAUUUACGUGUAAGAAGAGGUAUUCUCACUGAAGAAGAAGGUCAAUCCAGAGAGAUUGAUAUAAACAGCCUAGGAUUAAUAGAGAAAAGGAAUCUACUGGAGAGGCUGGUGAAAAUUGCAGAGCAAGACAAUGAGAAGUUUUUGUUGAAGCUCAAAGAACGCAUUAUUAAAGUUGGACUAGAAAUGCCUACAAUUGAAGUCCGGUUCGAGCAUUUAAGCGUUGACGCACAAGCAUAUAUUGGAAGCAGAGGAUUACCUACAAUGUUCAACUUCUCUGCUAAUAUGUUUGAGGGAUUCUUGAAUUAUCUUCACAUUUUCCCAAGCAGAAAGAAACCGUUAUCAAUCCUCCAAGAUGUUAGUGGAAUUAUCAAGCCUCAAAGAAUGACAUUGCUGUUAGGUCCCCCAAGCUCAGGCAAGACCACGUUGCUUUUGGCUCUAGCUGGAAAACUCAGUAAAGAACUAAAAAUUUCAGGAAACGUUACUUACAAUGGACAUGGAAUGGAUGAGUUUGUACCACAGAGGACAUCAGCUUAUAUAAGUCAAUAUGAUCUUCAUAUAGGAGAAAUGACUGUUAGAGAGACACUGGCUUUCUCUGCAAGAUGUCAAGGUGUUGGAACCCGUUAUGAGAUGUUAACGGAAUUAGCAAGAAGGGAAAAGGAAGCAAACAUCAAACCAGACCCUGAUAUUGAUAUUUACAUGAAGGCAGCUGCACUAGAAGGCCAAGAGACCAAUGUUGUUACAGAUUAUAUUCUCAAGAUUUUAGGACUUGAAGUAUGUGCUGAUAUCAUGGUGGGUGAUGAAAUGAUACGAGGCAUCUCUGGUGGACAAAAGAAACGAGUUACAACAGGGGAGAUGCUGGUUGGGCCAGCAAGAGCACUUUUCAUGGAUGAGAUAUCAACCGGUUUGGACAGUUCAACAACUUUUCAAAUGGUGAACUCACUCAGACAGUCAAUCCACAUUCUCAAUGGAACUGCCGUUAUCUCUCUUCUCCAACCAGCACCUGAAACAUAUGAUCUUUUUGAUGACAUAAUUCUUCUGUCAGAUGGACAAAUUGUAUAUCAAGGUCCACGCGAAAAUGUGCUUGAAUUCUUUGAAUAUAUUGGCUUCAGAUGUCCUGAGAGGAAAGGAGUUGCUGACUUCUUACAAGAAGUAACGUCAAGGAAAGAUCAAGAGCAGUAUUGGGCACGAAGAGAUGAGCCUUAUAGCUUUGUUUCAGUGAAGGAAUUUGCUGAAGCGUUUCAAUCAUUUCACAUUGGUCGGAAGUUAGGUGAUGAACUUGCCACUCCAUUUGACAAGUCCAAAUCACACCUUGCUGCUCUAACAACUAAGAAGCAUGGUGCCAGCAAGAAGGAACUCUUGAAAGCUUGCAUUUCAAGAGAAUAUUUGCUCAUGAAGAGGAACUCAUUUGUGUACAUUUUCAAUAUGUCCCAACUUAUUAUACUUGCUUUCAUAACAAUGACCGUAUUUCUAAGAACCGAGAUGCACCGAAACACAGAAACAGACGGUGGGAUCUAUUUGGGUGCUCUUUUCUUCACAGUAAUCACAACUAUGUUCAAUGGAUUCUCAGAGCUCGCAAUGACCAUCAUGAAACUUCCUGUCUUCUACAAGCAAAGAGACAUUCUUUUUUAUCCUUCAUGGGCAUAUGCCCUACCUUCGUGGAUUCUCAAGAUUCCAAUCGCUUUUGUAGAAGUUGCUGUAUGGGUGGUCAUGACAUAUUAUGUUAUAGGCUUUGAUCCAAACAUUGGAAGGUUUUUCAAGCAGUACUUGAUACUCAUGAUUACUAGCCAGAUGGCAUCUGCACUGUUUCGACUGACAGCAGCAUUAGGCAGGAAUAUAAUUGUUGCUAACACAAUUGGGUGUUUUGCAUUACUUGCUGUACUAGUUCUUGGUGGAUUUGUAAUAUCAAGAGAUAAUGUGAAGAAAUGGUGGAUAUGGGGUUACUGGUUCUCGCCAAUGAUGUACGUUCAGAAUGGGAUUUCUGUGAACGAAUUUCUUGGGAAGAGUUGGAGACAUUUAGCUCAUAAUUCAACAGAGCCAUUAGGGAUUACUGUCUUGAGGUCACGUGGACUUUUCCCUGAAGCAUAUUGGUAUUGGAUUGCAGUUGGAGCUUUGACAGGAUACAUCUUCCUGUUCAAUUUCCUUUUCAUCUUGGCCCUUAAAUAUCUCAAUCCAUUUGGAAGGUCUCAACCAAUACUAUCAGAAGACGUGUAUGCCCAGAGAAAUGCUACCAGAACCGGACAAGUAAUUGAACUAUCAUCAAAAGGAAAGAGCUUUCAAGAAAAAGGGAGUGUGAGCGAAAGAAAUGCCUCGUCAAGGACACAAUCCAUAAGAGUGAGCAUCUUCAAUGAUGACCAUCAAAAAAGGAAACGGGGAAUGGUUCUCCCAUUUCAACCCCUUUUCAUCACUUUUGAUGAAAUCAGAUAUGCUGUAGACAUGCCACAGGUAAUGAAAGCUGAAGGUAUUACUGAGGAUCGUCUAGAACUUUUAAAGGGUGUUAAUGGUGCAUUUAGGCCAGGAGUCCUAACAGCUCUAAUGGGUGUUAGUGGUGCUGGCAAGACCACUUUAAUGGAUGUCUUGGCUGGAAGAAAAACUGGAGGGUACAUAGAAGGAAACAUCACGAUAUCUGGAUAUCCGAAGAACCAAGAGACUUUUGCUCGCAUAUCAGGAUACUGUGAGCAAACCGACAUCCACUCCCCACAUGUGACCGUCUAUGAGUCACUGCUCUACUCUGCAUGGCUUCGACUACCUUCUAAGGUUAAUUCAUCAACAAGAGAGAUGUUCAUUGAAGAAGUCAUGGAGCUUGUGGAGCUGAACACUAUAAGAGAAGCACUUGUUGGAUUGCCUGGUGUGAAUGGGCUAUCAAUUGAGCAGCGCAAAAGGCUGACAAUUGCCGUUGAGCUUGUUGCUAACCCAUCUAUAAUCUUUAUGGAUGAGCCAACCUCUGGCCUUGAUGCUAGGGCAGCAGCUAUAGUUAUGAGAACAGUAAGGAACACAGUGGACACCGGGCGAACUGUGGUGUGCACUAUACACCAGCCAAGCAUCGAUAUAUUUGAUGCUUUUGAUGAGUUGUUUUUGCUGAAGAGGGGAGGGGAAGAAAUUUAUGUGGGUCCAGUUGGCCGACAUGCUUGCCACCUUAUCAAAUAUUUUGAGGACAUUGAGGGAACUCCAAAGAUUAAGGACGGUUAUAAUCCUGCAACUUGGAUGUUGGAAGUUACUACAGCUGCACAAGAAGUAGCUCUUGGGGUUAACUUCUCUGAUAUAUAUAAGAACUCAGAACUAUACAGGAGAAACAAAGCCUUGAUUAAGGAAUUAAGCAAGCCUCCACCAGGUUCAGAGGAUCUAUCCUUCCCAACUCAAUACUCACAAUCCUUCUUAACCCAAUGUAUGGCUUGCCUGUGGAAGCAGCAUUGGUCAUACUGGCGAAACCCAUCAUAUUCUGCGGUUAGACUCUUAUUCACAACCUUCAUAGCCUUGAUGUUUGGGACAAUAUUCUGGAAUCUAGGUUCCAAAAGAGGCAGUAGACAAGAUAUCUUAAACGCAAUGGGUUCCAUGUAUGCUGCUGUUCUCUUCUUAGGGUUUCAGAAUUCUACAUCAGUGCAGCCAGUUGUGGCUAUUGAAAGAACAGUAUUUUAUAGGGAAAGAGCAGCUGGAAUGUAUUCUGCAUUGCCAUAUGCCUUUGGACAGGUUAUGAUUGAACUCCCAUACAUUCUAGUCCAGACUAUAACAUAUGGGGUUAUAGUGUACGCUAUGGUUGGGUUUGAGUGGUCAGUCAGCAAGUUCUUUUGGUAUAUAUUCUUCAUGUACUUCACUUUAUUAUAUUUCACUUUCUAUGGAAUGAUGAGUGUGGCCAUUACUCCAAACCCCCACAUUGCUGCUAUCAUUUCAUCUGCCUUUUAUGCAAUAUGGAACAUUUUCUCAGGAUUCAUCGUUCCUCGACCGAGGAUUCCUGUCUGGUGGAGAUGGUACUACUGGGCAUGUCCUGUUGCUUGGACACUGUAUGGAUUGGUUGCUUCCCAAUAUGGAGACAUAAAGGAACCAUUAGACAGUGGUGAAACAGUGCAAGAUUUCUUAAGGAGUUACUUUGGGUUUCACCAUGACUUUCUUGGAAUUGUAGCACUGGUUCUGGUUGGUAUUCCUGUGCUUUUUGGAUUCAUCUUCGCCUUCUCUAUCAAAGCGUUCAACUUCCAGAUCAGAUGAGGCUUUUAUGGGCUUACCUGUAUUUAUUUGUAGCCCAGUCUAGGCCCAACAAAGAUAAAAUAUCAAAUACAAAUUCCGACUAAUUUGAAAUUAUGUUCCACUCAGUUUGGGCUCAUUAUAGUGUAUUAUAGAGCUUUGUCUUACCUUGGGCCUCUUAUGUGCACAUUGUCUUGUUGAUUAAAUAAUAUUUUUAAUUACGUAAAUGAUUUAUUAA